AGCGUUUGCUCUCCUGUUCUUCUAGAAGUAAGCUGCUGAGCUCUUUGGACAGCUGUGGAAAUGGGUCUGAACUCACGUGCUGCCUAUCUCUUUGCCCUAUGGACCAGCCACCUGUUUUUUCUGACAGCCGGGGACUCAAGGGUGAAUCCUAGAAUUAUUACAGCUCCAAAAGGGGAGAGCCGCUUUCCGCUGGAGAAGCGCGAGAAUCUCAUAACUCUCUACCAUGAAGAGGGGGAUUCUUCUCUCUUGGUGGGAGCGGAGGGAAAGCUCUAUUACUUCGACUUUGAGAGCUCCAGUAACCACGUGGAGGACUUCCCAGAACAGGAUUCAGGAGCCUGCCAAAAACCAGAGGAGGAGAAGAACUACUUGACUUUCAUUGGCAAGUACCACGACACGCUAUUGAUCUGUGGGACAAAUGCCUGCAAGCCGACUUGCUGGAACUUGGCUGAUCGGAAUAAAUCUGAAGUGGCUGCACAGGGCUUGGCCCCUUUUGUGCGUAACCAGAACUCCCUGGUCCUUGUUGAUGGCGAAGCCAUCUAUUCCACCAUCAACUUGCACCAGCACAAUGGGAAGAUACCCCGCUUCCGCCAGGUCCGAGGGACUGGGGAGCUCUACACCAGUGACACAGUGAUGCAGAACCCAGAGUUUGUGAAAGCCACUGUCAUCAAGCAAGAUGAGCGCCGUGAUGACAAGAUCUACUAUUUCUUUCGAGAAGACAAUCCGGACAGGAGUCCCGAGGCCCCGUUAAAAGUCUCCAGAGUGGCGCAGCUGUGCAAGGGAGACAAAGGGGGCACCAGCUCCCUCUCUGCUUCCAAGUGGACCACCUUCCUGAAAACCACACUGGUCUGCGUCGACCCAGCCACCAAGAGCAACUUCAACUUGCUGCAAGAUGUCUUCUUUGUCCCGUCAGACAAGAACUGGAGGGAAACCAGAGUGUAUGGACUCUUCUCCAACUGCUGGGGGUACUCUGCCAUUUGCGUCUACACCAUCGGUGACAUUGACACUGUGUUCCGGACAUCAAAACUCAAAGGCUACACUAAGGACAUGCCCCACAUCCGUCCUGGACAGUGCCCUUGGGACGGAAAUCAUACCCCUCCUGAGACUUUCAAAAUAGCUGACCUCCACCCGGAGGUGGAGGAAAGAGUGCAGCCCGUUGUCCCAAGGAAUAGCCCCCUAUUUCACAACAAGAAUCGCUACCAGGCAAUCGGGGUGCACCGCAUCCAGGCGAGAGACAGACACACCUACAACGUCCUCUAUUUGGUGACAGACAAAGGGUAUAUCCACAAAAUGGUGGAGAUGCCACACGGCGUCCUGAACAUCUUAGAGAUCCAGCCCUUUCAGCCGCCAGCUCCCAUCCUGGCCAUGACCCUGGAUCAUAGAAGGGCAAAGCUCUAUGUGAGCUCGCCGACCGAGGUGGUCCAGGUGCCCAUGGACAUGUGCGAGGUGUAUCACAGGAGCUGUGAGAGCUGCGUCAUGGCAAAGGAUCCUUAUUGCGGAUGGGCAGAUGGGAAAUGCGUCUCCGUUAAAACUAACCUGACAAUGCUACAGAAUGUGACCCUGGAGUCCUCACUGGAAAUAUGUCCCCGUUCGGUCUUCAAACAGCAGGAAGUGGACAGCCCGGAGAGCUACCGGAACGUCACUGUGGCGCUCUUCUCCCGCUACUUCCUGCACUGCCCCACCGAAUCCCACGCCGCCACCUACAUGUGGCACCACAAUGGUAGCCGCAUCCAGAACUGCAGCUCCACCCACAGGCCCUGCAUCCACUUCAUCAAGAACAUGACCCACAACCACUACGGGCGCUACACCUGCAUCUCAGAGGAGAACGGCUUCUCCCAAACUCUCGUAAAGGAAUGGCUGCUGAAGCAGCCUGCGCCCUCUCAGACUUUGAUGCAGAGGAGCCAGGCUGUGUCCGUCUCCCCCUCCUUCUGGUUGGGCUUCCUGCAGAUGAUGGCUCUUGCCCGGCUGUUCCAGUGAAAGGAGUGAGCCAUGACUCACUAUUUGGACUACUGUUGAUCUUCUUCAGCUUCGUAUCAGCACCUGAGCAAGGAAGGGAUUGCCCCAUCCCAGUGGCUGCUCUCUGGACAUUAUCUCUGUGCACCUUGGCCCCCUCUCAGCUUCGUAAGUGGCAUCCCUUCCACUUGAAGCAGACAGAUUCCAUCCCCCACAUGUCCGUGCCCAUCGAUUCCAUCAUGGCAGCUUCAUGCCAGGUGGUGUUUUAGGGACACUGAAUGUAGGGGAUGAAACCAGCCCAGAUCCUUCUCCUGAUUCCAUGCAGCACAGGAGCUGAGGCCACCAAAAAGAGAUGGGGCAGGAUGGGACUGAAGCUAAUGCCACCAAAGAGUAACAUGGGGCUGAUUUGGAAUGGGAGUGGGGUAGGGUUGGAGUUGGGGCAGGGCUGGGAGCAGAGCGGGGUUGAGCACCCACCAGCGCCAGAAGACAUCAGCGCCUAUGGACAGCAGUAGCCUGUGAGGCAGGGAGAGUGCAGCAAAGCAGGGACAAGAUUCAGUCGGGCUGCGCCGGAGGGAUGAGUCAGGAGAGGUGCACACAUACAGAGGAUGAGCUUUGUUUGUUCAUGCAGUUGUCGUGGGUCCCUGUAGACUCUGGGCAUGUGGUGAGGAUCAAGGCUGGGGGGAUUCCGGAACCGCACAUCUUGAUGGCUUGUUGGUCUUGUCUAAUAUUCUUGUUCCAUUUUUGGAAACGGUUAUCUAGUCCACUCCCAACCUGCCCAGGCAAGUCUCCCGGCUUGUCUCCAGCAGAUUCCUCUCCUCUCUAAGGGUAUAGCUACACACUGCCAUCAGACACCUGCCGCUGGCCCGUGCCAGCUGACUCCCGCUUGCGGGGUUUGGGCUACGAGGCUGUUUAAUUGUGGUGUAGACCUUGAGAUCUUUGAUUGUCCCCCUUCACAGGAUCCUGGAGCCCAGGCUCCAUCCAGAGCCCAAAUAUCUACACCACAGUUAAUCUAAAGCACUGUGCAACUCCAGGGUGCCGGAGUAUUGUUCACCAAAAAAGAUGUUUCUCUGACCCCUCCCAGGGGUAUGGGAGAAAUGCAUUUCCGUCACGUACGUGUGUGUGCAUGUAAAUAUCUGAGUGUGAAAGCAGAUCACUUGUGUGUGUAAAUCCAGUAGCUGAGCACCUCUAUGUGAGUCAGUGUGUUAGUUGAUCAUCUGGGUGUAUAAGUGGCUGGUCACCUGGAUGUUACAAUCAUUUGUGCUUGAUCUCAGUGUGAACAGGUGUGCUCGUGCUAGACUUGAGUCCUAUUAAGUUCUGGAUCUGCACUUUGCUCAAGGUCAGGGAGCAAAUAGCUCUGGCAUCUUGUGCCCUGCAAGUGAGAGGAGCUAGCCACAAAGCUGAAAGCUGUGUCUGAACAGCCCCAGAGUAGAAAAUAGCCUCCGAAGUGGGGGUGGUUUUGCAUCCAUCUCUAUUCAGAGGUUUGCUUACAAAAAUUUUUUUAUACCUUAUAUUGACUUCUACUUGCUUAACCUUUUGUACUGAGUUUAUACACUAGAAAAAGAGAUCAGGAAUCAGCACUCGUGACCCUGCCUGUAGACAGAUUAGACAGCAAUACCUACAUGUAGCACUCAUGAGCCUGAGCUGGCUUUAAGCAGGGCUGUGUGCAAAGGAGAAAGAUGUGCAAGAGGUACUUGGAUACCAUGGGGAUGAGUGUGGUGAUGGAUGAAUGAGGAGACUUUCCUGGAAAUAAUCCAGUUCUGGUGUCAAAUUUUGGCCUUGUUGACGUGCACACAUGUCUCUCUCUAAAGUUGCUGGGAGCUGCUGAUGUGUAUCUGAGGACAAAAUGUAGACCUUGAUACCCAAGUCUGUCUCAUCAAAAUUAUUCAAAAGAGUCUUGCCUUCUCAGUGAUGCUAGAAGGAAAACAAGGGCUGGAUCCUCAGCUGGUGUAACUCCACUGACUUGUGAUUUACCCCAGCAGAGGAUCUGCUCUGUGGCUUUCUCUCUUCAUGAUGUGUGCUUGAUGGAUGGGCGGAGACCAGUCUCCUAAUGAAGGGAGAAGACUGGAGGUCCCCCCGCCCCCACAGUUGAUUGUCUGAUCAUUUCAGCUCCACUAGUGAGAUAAGGAUAAACUGUGAAAUAAGGAGAAUUCUCCUUAGGUUGUGGGCGUCACAUGCUUGGUCAUUUUGCUGGGUGUUGGCCACUGAGCCAUGGAGCAUAUUUUGCUGAACUACAUUUUCUGAUAUUCGUAAACCCUUUCUUGCGUCGUGUACACUGGUUCUGUUACAUCCUUUCUCAAAGCACUUUAGUAUCAUAAUAAUGUGACUAUUAAAAGGCCUAUUUAUUAUGUUUCUAAGUUAAUUUUGCAUCAUGUUGUAGAGAGUGAUUUUUUUUUAACCUCCUCCCCCCCCACCCCCCAAAAAAAGCAUCUCAAUAAAACUGUGACUUUUCAUUAA